AUGGGAAGUAAAAUAUUAGAAAACAGUUUUAUUCGCAAGUGGUACAUCGUAUGUGGUAGAGGAAAGUCUGGCAAGACGAGCGUAAGCGCAGGCCUUGGACUUAGACUGGCCGACGAUACGGUAUGCAACGAUAUAUGUAGGAAGAGUUGCGACUGUAAAAACAUAAAAUGUGAUUUGAAUUGUCCAUGCAUGCGUGAGAACAUUACUGAUGACAAGUUCAACGACAUUGUGUGCCACAAGCCGAGCACAAUGAUACUUGAGCAGCCAUCGAGUGAUAGCAUCGAAUUUAAUGAGAAGGCAUUUAUUGACAAGGACAUAAACGCAAACACAGAACACAACCAGAAGUAUUCGGAUGUAAACCUUGACAAAGGUUAUGACGAGAUAAAGUUCCGAGAUGAGCAGCCCGGUGAGAUUCCGAACUACUGUGUGCGGUGCCUCAGGAAGGUUCUUUUGAUUUCGCUUGAUCAGCAGGACAAUCUCGCAGAAACCAUCCAACGCGAGGUAAAAAACGAGCCCACUCAUAUCAAGAACAAUUUCUAUGUUAUGGAAUUGAACAAGGAAGAAAUUUCACGGAUUGAUGAAAGUGAAGAGAAUAACGUGGCGAUACUGAAGUCGAUACGGCUGUUACCUGGUGUUCUGGAAGCACUGUAUUUUUCAGAAAUAAUAAAGAUUGCACAAGAUUAUGACACGAUAAUAAUCGAUACAUGGCCUUCCUUCAACGCACUGAAUUUCUUGUCGUUUCCCAAAGAGCUUAACUCGCUGCUGAACAAAAUCAUAGGGAUGGAUAAGGUGAGGAAUUUGGAUCAGAUGCCGUUCUACCAGAAGAUAGUCAACGCAGCGGAUACUAUUGAAAAGAGCGGGAUGUUUCUGAAAAAAUCGGCAGAAUGUUCUUUUAUCCUGGUGUUUACGCCGGAAAUGCUUUCCAUCACAGAGGCCAACAAAUUAAUUACCAAGCUUGCAUACGUGGGAAUAAGCGUGAGCCAUCUCCUAAUCAACCAAGUACUACAACCAAGUAGCAAUUGCGAGAACUGCAAAGCUAUUGAGAUUAAACAGCAAGAUGCGUUGAAAAAGGUUAAGGACAGCCGUAUAAAUCAGAUAUAUUUGGACUUUGAACCGGGUGGUAUAAAAGGCAUCGACAAGUUGGAUAAAUUUUCACGAAAAUUUAUUAACUAAACAGCA